AUAUACAUUGAAACUCAUCACAUCUCUGCACAAAAGCACUUGUUUUGCAACCCAUCAACAAUGGCUAAACUUCUUAUUAUCUUCUGCUCUCUUAUGCUCUUCUUCGUAUACCCUUCAAUAGCUGAUCAAACAUCUUUCAGACCCAAAGCUCUUGUCCUUCCAGUAUCAAGAGAUCCAUCAACUCUUCAAUAUCUUACUUCAAUCAACCAAAGAACCCCUCUUGUUCCAGUCAAAUUAACUCUUGAUCUUGGUGGUCAAUAUCUCUGGGUUGAUUGUGACCAAGGCUAUGUUUCCUCCUCCUAUAAACCUGUCCGUUGCAGAUCAGCUCAAUGUUCACUUGCCAAGUCAAAAAGUUGUAUAUCAGAAUGCUUUUCUAGUCCAAGACCAGGAUGCAACAAUGAUACGUGUGCCUUGCUUCCUGAUAAUACAGUAACACAUUCUGGUACCAGUGGUGAAGUUGGUCAGGACGUUGUAACUGUUCAAUCUACAGAUGGAUUCAGUCCAGGUAGAGUGGUUUCAGUUCCUAAAUUGAUUUUCACUUGCGCCACGACAUUUCUUUUGGAAGGUCUUGCUAGUGGUGUAAAGGGUAUGGCUGGACUUGGCAGGACCAAGAUUUCACUCCCUUCUCAAUUCUCUGCUGCUUUUAGCUUUGACAGAAAAUUUGCCAUUUGCUUAACCUCAUCAAAUGCCAAGGGUAUUGUGUUCUUUGGUGACGGACCUUAUGUUUUUCUUCCAAAUAUUGAUGUUUCUAAGUCUCUUAUUUACACCCCAUUAAUCCUUAACCCAGUAAGCACAGCAUCUGCAUUUUUUAAAGGUGACCCUUCGUCUGAAUACUUCAUUGGAGUCAAGUCAAUCAAGAUCAAUGGAAAAGCUGUUCCAUUAAACACAUCAUUGCUAUUUAUUGAUAAAGAAGGAGUUGGAGGAACCAAGAUUAGUACUGUAGAUCCUUAUACAGUACUAGAAACAACCAUUUAUCAGGCUGUCACUAAAGUUUUUAUCAAAGAGCUAGCUGAAGUACCUAGAGUCGCACCUGUAUCACCUUUUGGGGUCUGCUUCAACUCGAGCAACAUUGGCAGCACUAGAGUUGGGCCAGCAGUGCCUCAAAUUGAUCUCGUCUUGCAAAGCAGUAGUGUUUUUUGGAGGAUUUUUGGUGCAAAUUCAAUGGUGCAAGUUAAAAGUGAUGUGCUAUGUCUUGGAUUUGUGGAUGGAGGAUUAAAUCCCAGAACUUCAAUAGUCAUUGGAGGGCAUCAAAUAGAGGACAAUCUUCUACAGUUUGAUCUAGCCGCUUCAAAACUUGGGUUCAGUUCUUCACUCUUGUUUAGACAAACAACAUGUGCCAAUUUCAACUUCACCUCCAAAGCCUAAAUUAAGAAUUAAUUUCUCGAUAUCUUUCACCAGCAUCAUUUGUAUUAUUUAAGUAAUACUAUUUAAUAAUGUUGGAAGAAUAAUGUAUACCCGCUAGUGCUGGACUUGCCAAGCACCAUGGGAUAUGAUUCCUUUAUUCUUCUUCCAGUUCUAAUAAAUAAAUGAUAAUUAAUAUUAA